AUGGCGUCAACCUCGACCCUCCGAUGGGCGUUGAUCUUUUUGUUUAUCCUAUCGGUCAACUGCAUCAAGCUUCCAGUUGACAAGUCGCAGGACGGGAUAAUACCGAAGACUCCAGCACGCGCAUCGAUCAAGCAGGAUGAUUUUUACAUUACCAGCUUCUUGCAAGACCAGCUAGACACUCUGUCAUCUGACCAACAGUGCUGGCUCCAGCCUGGUGUCACCGGCUUAAGAAUUCUGUUGCAGGGCAACAUUUCACAGCCUCCCGCCUCGAUACGGAACUUCGCAUUGGGCAUACGCAACAUCAGUAGCUCUGGCAACGCCUUCUCCAUCGAUUUUACAAAAGACGAGUUUCUCGUCAACGACGUCUCAGAGUCGACGUUCAUCAUUCUCGGUUUGAUACAUCUUAUUUGCAUGACACUUGCUUUCUUUCUCGUCUAUCCCAUUAUUCUUCUACUUGCUUCGGCAACUGUUUUAUGUCAUUUGAUCGGCCGGCCUGUGAAUAAGAAAGUUGUCGAUAGGUGGCAGAUGAUUCUCCAGCUUGGUGUUUUCGCCCCGCUUGUGGCUGGAGGCAUGGUGACUGGCAUUUUUGCCAAGGGAACAGCAGAUCAUUUUAGUUCGGAGCAUGGUAUUGUGGGCCUCGUUACCGUGUCCCUGACAAUUGUCGACGUGAUAAUCUACUUCUUCCUGCGGCGGAUGAGUAGAGGAUUGUCGACUUUCGAGUCCAUACCUCGCCGUAUCAGAUAUGUCCACUAUGCCGAUGUUGCGCUUUGCCAGGCCAUCCUCAUGAUAUCGAGCUUCGUACUUCCCGACGGCAUCGACGACUUUGCGGUCAUGAGCCUUUGCGACACGGCCGUUUUAUCAGAUUCAUGGGUGUUUUCGCUCGGCAUGGUGCUCGUUUUUGUCUGGAAUGGGGCAAUGGCUGCGAUGACGAUGCAGUGGUUUCUUGUGAGGCGGUCCAGGAAGAUCGACGCGCAGGAAACAGUGCCUCUCUGCACAGUUGAUUCGUCGAGACCAAUAUCGCCCACAACAGAGAUCGUGAGCGGCCUUAAGUAA